AAUGCUGAUCAAAUAUUAACCAUGUGUAACACAUUUUUGGAUGGUUUAGAAAGAACCAAACCCAUUCUUUCUUUCUUUUCGUCUGAAAGUUUUCAUUGAUAACAUAGAGAACAUAGAGCCAUACAUGGUGAAACACUAAAGCCGGCAGAACAUAUACCGAUCUCCGGAACCCAAACCCCAACGGUGGGAAACUAAAGCUCAACAAUAGGACACAAGCAUCUAAACAUCACAAAUAAACAAUAACUACAUCUUGCAGCUAGCUAAGAGAAUCCAAAAGAACAAGCUAAUAAGAGAUAAUAGAAAACAAACUUAAUUGACUAUGAUUAGCCGGUCUUCUCACUACGAACAUAGUAAGAGAGCAAGCACCGCAGAGAAUUUCAUGAAGAAUAGCAGCACCUUCAUCUGAACCACUCGUUCACGAUGACUACACACGAACCACUUUGCGAAACCAAAACAACACCCACAAAGAAGCAACACCCGAUACAAAUUAAACCUCCUACUCAACACACCCUUCAUCUGGACGCUUCAAAGCCUUAACCUCUUUAUACUGUUUCACCUAGAAGCCACCGAGGAUAAACCAAGACCAAAGACAGACCAGGAAAAUAAACUUAUUCAAGGGAUUAGAGAAGGACCCUUAGCAACUGGGAGCAGUGCCCUGAAACCAGCUUCUUCUCGACAACGAUACCAACCAACUGCUCAUCCUACACCACUGCGCCGCUGCGUCACCGUCACGGAAUCACAAGCCAACUAAUCAAUCCUCUACACUCCAAGCAAGGCUAAUCGGAUUCAAGCGCAAACAAGAGGACCAAUACAAGAACAUAACACAAAAGGACAUAAGGCUUAAACCCAUCAGAAUCCACCAUGACAAAUCAACGACGAACUCCAACCAGUAGGUUCAGAACCACCAGAACGGCGGUUCACGAACACUUCAACCCAGAACCUUUCGUUUGUUCAGAUCCAAAGCUCUAACCACACAAACUACAAAAGAAGAAGAAAACAUUCAGACUGGGCCGACGGUGACGCUAACAGAGCCGUCACGCGCCGGCCAUAAGAGAAGCGACUCCGGCGGCUGAAAGUUUAAAGGUCGAGAGGAUAUUAGGUCUUUUUUUAAAGAGCGCUCCCAACCAAACCCAUUCUUCCUUGCUAAUUAUAGAUUUUGAUUCUAACUAGUAACCAUUAAACUCAAUGCUGUCUCAAACUAUUUUUAAGACCUUUUCAGACUAAUAAUAAUGAUAAUGUAUAAAACGUAAUGAUAUAAUUUUAAAAUUUGAUAGUUCAAACUAAUAUAUGUUUAAAAUUCUGUUUUGAAACUAUAGACUAUAUAUUUUUAAAUAUAAUUAACAGUUUAAAGAUUUAUGCUUAAUUUAUAUAUGUUCUAAAAUACAUUUUUUUUAAUUCGUGACUAUGUUCGAUCUCUCCACUUCCAGAUGCAAUCAGGCGGCUCUGGUUAAACUAAUCUGAAUGAAAAUGAAAAAAGAAACAAAAUAAUAGAAAUAAAGACGGAUAUUUUUCUUUAUUAUUUUCCCAAAUUUAAUUAAAAUUUAAAUUGUUAAAUAAUUCUUUAAACAUUAAGAAGUGACUAAGAACUAUAUAUAUAUAUAUAUAAAGUUAGUUUUUUUCCUUCUUCUGACAAUUGGCAGGGGGCUUUUACGACACAUAUCAUCCAUGUAUUUUUUUACAUUUCAGGUCCCUCUUUUUUUAGAUUAUUUCAAUUUGGCCAAAUACUUUAUAAUUGUGCACUAUCUAAUUAUUUUCGCACUAACUAUUAUCGUAUGAAGUUUGAUAAUUUAUUUUAUUGUUUACUAAAAUUCAAUCUAUAUAUAUAAAGUUAGUUUUUUUCCUUCUUCUGACAACUGGCGGGGGAGGGGGGGGGCUUUUACGACACAUGUCAUCCAUGUAUUUUUUACAUUUCAUAUCCUUCUUUUUUUAGAUUAUUUCAAUUUGGCCAAAUACUUUAUAAUUGUGCACUAUCUAAUUCUUUUCGCACCAACUAUUAUCGUAUGAAGUUUGAUAAUCUAUUUUAUUGUUUACUAAAAUUCAAUAUAAUAAAUAAAUAAAUAAAUAAAAUAAUAGAAAUAAAUUUACAUAUUUAAUUUAUUCAUAACUAAAAAUAACAUAAUUUUUUGUCAUUUUAUUAUUUUUACCAUUUUCUAUUAUUAAUUUACAAAUUAUAAAUUUAUUUAACUAUUAAAAAUAUAAAAUGACCAAACUAAUAAAACAAAAUUAUAGUGCAAUACAUAAUAUAAACAUAAAACUUCCACAAUCACAAAGAAAAAGCAAAAUACCAUAGUAAUACUAAUUCAAUAAAAGUUAAAAAAUAUCAACAAAGAAGACUAAUUUAUCUCAGCUUACCAUAGAAUGUCUUGGCUAGAACAAGCAUAUGUCAUAAAAAGGUAAAAACAUAAAUAUGAGAUAAAGCAAUCUUCAGAACACAAAGAAUCGCGAUCAAGCACCAGCGCAAAAAAAAAACAAAAAAAAACGGGUUAGAGAAAGAAUAAUCAUCUGAAGAACAAAAUCACCACAAAACAAAAAGACGCAUGUCUAAAGCACCACUAGCACAACCACCAGCUAAUAGAUAAGAAGCACCUCACAAAGUAAACAAGUACAUACAAGGCGCCAAUAAUAGCGAAGCACCACAAAACUCUGAAUAGAAGAAACCAAAGCUACAAAAGAGUAGCUCCACACACCUACACCAAGGGAUGCAUGAGAAGAAUAUAUAUACAACCUUAGUGAGGAAGAAUGGAAGCCAACAACGGAAAAACAAAAACUUAAGCUUGAAUAUUUUUUACGACACAUGUCAUCCAUGUAUUUUUUACAUUUCAGAUCCUUCUUUUUUUAGAUUAUUUCAAUUUGGCCAAAUACUUUAUAAUUGUGCACUAUCUAAUUUUUUUCGCACCAACUAUUAUAGUAUGAAGUUUGAUAAUCUAUUUUAUUGUUUACUAAAAUUCAAUAUAAUAAAUAAAUAAAUAAAAUAAUAGAAAUAAAUUUGCAUAUUUAAUUUAUUCAUAACUAAAAAUAACAUAAUUGUUUGUUAUUUUAUUAUUUUUUACCAUUUUCUAUUAUUAUUUUACAAAUUAUAAAUUUAUUUAACUAUUAAAAAUAUAAAAUGACCAAACUAAUAAAAAUAAAUUAUAGUGCAAUACAUAAUCUAAACAUAAAACUUCCACAAUCACAAAAAAAAAGCAAAAUACCAUAGUAAUACUAAUUCAAUAAAAGUUUGGAGCUGAAAAAAUAUCAACAAAGAAGACUAAUCUAUCUCAUCUUACCAUAGAAUGUCUUGGCUAGAACAAGCAUAUGUCAUAAAAAGGUAAAAAGAUAAAAUAUGAGAUAAAACAAUUUUCAGAACACAAAGAAUCGCGAUCAAGCACCAGCGCAAAAAAAAAACAAAAAAAAACGGGUUAGAGAAAAAAUAAUCAUCGGAAGAACAAAAUCACCACAAAACAAAAAGACGCAUGUCUAAAGCACCACUAGCACAACCACCAGCUAAUAGAUAAGAAGCACCUCACAAACUAAACAAGUACAUACAAAGCGCCAAUAAUAGCGAAGCACCACAAAACUCUGAAUAGAAGAAACCAAAGCUACAAAAGAGUAGCUCCACACACCUACACCAAGGGAUGCAUGAGAAGAAUAUAUAUACAACCUUAGUGUGGAAGAAUGGAAGCCAACAACGGAGAAACAAAAACUUAAGCUUGAGACCAUAAACAACCUUCCAAGCGCACAAAGCAUACAAAGAGAAAAACACUAUCCAAACCUGGAGUAGCAAAUAUGGCGAAAGGGAGAACCACCAAAGACGUGAUCAGCGGUGAAAGGUGCAACGAGAUGAGAGAACAAAGAGAUGAAAAGAGACAAAAUUAAAUCAACGAUUCGUGGAGCCAUCCUCGAGCUAUGAAAAAAGAACAUAGAAGUCAGAUCACCAAAAUCCAGAUCUUGAAAACCAAGACGAGCAGAGAGUAUCAAUGGCAAACCAUCAACGAGGAAAUAACAUCAAUGACAACUAAACUCUGACCCAACCCAACGAGAUGUAGUUUCUAACCUUACCAAAAUCAAAAGAAAAAAACCACCAAUAUUGACUGAAAUAACAUACAACGCCAAAAUAAACAACCACACAACAUAGAACUAAUAUGCCUGAUCUAUAACAAAUACGAGAUAAUCUCACAAAAAAAAAGAAGGUGAGAAAAACAAGAGCACGGAAGUGAGUCUUUUUCCAGUGAUAGUGAGAAGCACUGCACACCAGAGAGACAAACGAAAUACAUAGAUUGUGACGACUCAAUGUUAAAAUAUGGGGGAAAGUGCAAAAAACAUAUAAAAGAGUAAUGUGAAAAAAUGUGAAAAACUAAAAUACAAUUUGACGUUGUUAAUCUUAGAAUCAACAAAUGCUUAAAGACAAAGUUAUUGAAAUUUAAUAUGUUUUACAUCUGAAAUUCAUUUCACCACUAACAAGUAAUAUUAUACAUACAACAAUAUAUUAUUAAAAAGACAAACACAUAAUAUAUUAAUUUAUUAGCUAUUACUACAUAACAUAAUAAAACAUCAAAUAAUGUUAUUCACAAUAAAUAUUGCCCACGUAAUCACAUCAUCUAAAAAUCAUAUUUAAGAAUAAUAAAAUAAUAUUCCGCGCGAAGCGCAGACACCCUCCUAGUGUAAAAAUAUUUCUUGUAAAAUAACGUAAAUAAAAAAAUGAAGAGGAAUUUACUAUUAUCAUUCAUUAUUUUUUUCACUAUUUAGAGUUAUUGGUUUGUAUGUUAUUGUGGCAUUUGCUUAUAUGAUACAUAUGAUUAUCUUUAUUUUACCCGUAAAACAAAAAGAUUACCAAAAAUAUUAUAAAAUUCAAUCCAAUUUAUAUGAUUGAUCUAAGCAGUAACCAAAUCGCAGUUGAUAGGCUACUUUUGUAAUACAAAAAAAAAUGAUGGUGGUUCAACCAAAAGCCCAAAGAAAGAAGUGGUAGGGUUUUACAAGGUUACUUGAGCUUUUAGAAACCCUCGUAUUGUUUUGGUCAAGAAUCUAGUAAUAAUUAGAUUCACAACAUAACAAUAUAUUUUAUCUUUUCCUUUUGGAUUAGUUUAUUGUUGAAAUCCGUGCUUAUCUUGUUAAAAUUUUAGAUUUCAUUUUCAUAAAAUUAACAAAUAAAUUGCGAUUCCCUUACUAUCUUUUCUCGAAUUCCUUUUUGAACACGUAUCCUGUCUUCUCUCUUUCAUCUUUCAGAGAGAGAAAAUAUGGAACUGCUACCACACGACGUGGUAGAGUAUAUUUUCGAGAGACUUGAUGUGAAAACCCUCCUCAAGUUCACGGCAGUAUCGAAGCAAUGGAAAUCUAGUAUCAUCCAAUGCCGUUCUUUCCAAACAAGACAGAUGCUCCAUCGCAAGCAAUCAGGAAAAACAGAUGUUGUUUUGGUGUCCUUAUACGAUGGGGCUGGUAGUAAUCCUAACAUUGAAGCUCUGAGAACGUUGGUGGUGGGGUCAACAGUUUCUGUCAAGAUCCCUACUACUUGGGAAAACAAGUUUUACCAGGUUUGCAACUCUAGCUGUGACGGUCUGAUAUGCCUCUACUAUCGUUAUAAUCCAAGCAUUGUGGUCAAUCCCACCACUCGUUGCCAUCGAACUAUCCCUCCAUGCAACUAUCAACUUGGGGCUUUUCAUAGAAUCAGACAGUUGGUAUCACCUUCUCCUGGAUUUGGUAAAGACAAGAUCUGUGGGACAUACAAACCAGUUUGGUUAUACAAUUCUGCUGAAGUAGGUCUGAAAAUCAAAAGCAUUACUACUUGUGAAGUUUUUGAUUUUACCACAAACGCUUGGAGGUAUAUUGUCCCUGCUUCCCCCUAUCUGAUUUAUCACAGCCAAGAUCCUGUGUAUUGUGAUGGGUCACUUCAUUGGUUCACUAAGGGUGAUGAAACCAAUAUUUUGGCUUUGGAUCUUCACACUGAAACUUUUCAAGUCAUUCCUCGACCUCCCUUUCUCCACAGCUUGCUGCGGCUUAUAGAGAGUAUCAUAUGCAGUCUUCAUGAUCGUUUGUGCGUGUCUGAGAGGAUUUGGCCAGAGCAAGUGAUAUGGUCAUUUGAUUCAGAAGAAAAGACAUGGAAGAAAAUAUAUUCAAUUGAUCUUAAAACAACCCCUUCUUGGCGUAGGAAUAACAGGUGGAGGACAUUCACACCACUAUCUGUUUUGGGGAAGGACAAGUUACUGUUUUACGAUGGUGAAUCUUCGGAUGGACCACUGGUAACGCUUGAUCUCAGAACUAAAUAUUGUGACAUAGCUUACAAAUGUAAAGUCAAAGCAUACAAAGCUCUUUGUUAUGUCCCGAGUUUAAUCUCUAUUUUGUAAACCUCGAACCAUA